CAAACUACUAGUGAUAAUAAAAUGGCACCAAAGAAGAACCAGAAGGUUAAAAUGUCCUUGAACGACUUCAUCGCAACUCCAGAAGUUGCUACACCAGGCGGUUCCUGGGCUGAUGAUGAUGUUGUUGAAGAUCUCCCAACUGCCCCAGCAGCACGUGAUGAAUUCGGUGGUAGAUUAGAUGGUUCAGCUGACGUUGGACGUCCUUUUGGCGCUGACACUCGCGAUCGUCCAGUUGUGCCACUCCCAACUGCACCACCAUUCACUGCUUUCUUAGGAAAUCUCAACCACAGCAUUUUAGAGGAAGAAAUUGAAUCAUUCUUUGGCGAAUUAAACGUUACUUCAGUUAGAAUCGUAAAGGACAUCUCAGAUCGUCCUAAAGGUUUCGGUUACGCUGAAUUUGACUCACUUGACGACUUAAAAGCUGCACUUGGAAAGACAGGACAACAAUUAGCAGCCAGACCUGUUAGAGUCACCGUAGCCGAGCCACCAAAGAAGGGUGGAUUUGGUGGUUCAUUCGUAGACGAUAAGGAUGCUUGGAGAUCAUCACGUCCAGCAGCCGACCUUGAACCAGUCAACACAGAUGCGGAUGACAACGUUAAUUGGAGAGGUACAGCGCGCCCUGUCGCUCCACCACGCUCAGAGAGAGGUUUCGGUUUUAAGGGUGGUGCACCAGUAGACGUUGACAACAAGGAGUGGACAAGAGGUUCAAACUUUAAAUCUUCUCCUCCAGUUUCACAAUCUGGCACAGAUGAUGUUAGCAACUGGAGAUCAGCUCGUCCUGCUCCAGCUGCUCAAUCAGCUGCUCCUGGUGAGCGUAGAAAAUUACAACUCGCUCCAAGAGGUAGCACACAAGGAGCAAGCUCAAACCAAUCGGCUCCAAGUAAGCCAUCUCCAUUCGGUGGUGCAAGACCUGUAGACACAGCAACAAGAGAGCAAAGUUUGCUUGAACGGAGUAAAGCACCAACUGCUACUGGUAAACCAUCUUCUGUCGCUCAACCAGAAAAGAAGAAAGUCAGAAAUCACGACAACAAAUUCAGCUUCGCUAAUGCAGGACUUGAAGUUGAAGGUGAAGAUGAUGAUGAGUAAACAGCUAGAUUGGGACAAUUAAUACGUUAUCAAUAUAUUAAUGCGCAGAAUGAAAAAAUAAAUAAAUUCUACUUAUUGUGCGCUUAGUUGCUAAAAAUACAUUUCUAUUCUCUUUUUACAGAAAUUUAACCGACCAUUUGUGAAACAUCUUCAGGUGGAAAUUGUGAUUGUGCGAAUGUUAAAACUCUCUUUACGGAUUGGAUAUACUUUCGUGAGACUUCAUCAUUUAGUACAUGAGCGACGGAUCCACUACUGAUUUUUUCGCGUGCACUUCUAUCAUGUAUACCAACCAUUGUUACACCAAUUGGCCAAGGCGAGUUACCAAUUGAAAGUCUCAAGUAGGCAUCAUUUGCAUUUUGAUAUUUACGUUCUUGAGCGUAUAAUAUAAUCUCACCUAGUAGUGUCAAAACAUCCAUCUGGAUAGUUUUACUUUUCAGUGCUUUAAAGAGAGGUUUUAAGUAGUUUGCAGUUUGAACUUGAUUUGCAGCUGCUAAUUGACCUUGUUUGGACCUUCUAACGUCAUCUGGACGUUGUGAGAGCGUGUUUUCCCAAAGUCUGAGCAUAUUUUUCAUCCAUUUGUAUAUCGUGGCGUAGAGUUUAUCAUUAUCAACUUUGACCAUUUUCCAAGUGAUUUCAACUUCUGAUUGAUCAUAGAUUUUUGCAUUGACUGCCGUUGAGGCGUUCUUACUUUGUUGUUCAAGUUCAGCUUGACCAACACCUUCCAACGCCUUACGAAGGUCAUUCUCUUGACCUUUUGAGUUACCAGAGGAGGCUAACAACUCUAAAGCGCGUAAACGUAGCCUUCUUUCUCUGUCAGAUUCCGCGAAGAGACGUAUAGGUUCUGACUUCAAACGAAGUCUACGAAUACAUUCAUCAUUUGAUAUAGAGAAGUCUUUCGUAUCAUUGUCUGUAAUGUUUGUUUCUUCUUCUGCUUCUGGUUCUUCUUCUUUGUUGAUAGUAUCCUCCUGUGGUUGAGUUUGAAUUGGCUCGGGCGUGAGUGAGUCGAGUUGAGACUUUUUAAGAUACUUUGUUGGAUUAUCUUUUAGAUUGCUAUCAUUUUCCUUACGCUUUCUUGCUAAUUCCUGCUUUAAUGCUUCCAUAAUGGUUUUUAAAAAGGAUUAUUUCCGGCUUGAUUACCAACAUCGAUCAAUAAUGAGUGAUACUGAUAACAAAUACGUUUUACAAACUGCUGGAUUUGAUGUUAGAUUCCCAAACACUAAUCAAACCAAGCACUGCUGGCAAUCUUUCGUUGACUACCACAAGUGCAUAAAAGCUAAGGGUGAUGAUUACGCACCAUGCAAAGCAUUCCAUAGAACAUACAAGUCAAUCUGCCCUAACACCUGGACUGACAAAUGGAAUGAACAGAUUGAUGAGGGUAACUUCCCAAGCAACAUCGAGCCUUAAUUAGACAAUAAAACGUCAUAAAACUAAU